AUGCUUCCUGGACACACACCAUCCCAUCAUCGACGACGCCAUUUCCGCGUUCGACGGUUGUUGACGAUUUUUAUCGUUGUCGCCUUUUUCUCUCUCUUCUAUUACAAUGUCAAGCUCCGUAGCGAAAUUGCGAUAGACAACGCCAGAAGCACGACAACGUCGACAGCCGGGGGUGCCGAAAACCUUUCUAACCAUUAUCCGUAUUUGGUCGUUAUCGCAUCUACUGCCACUGAAUUCACGCGUCGAGGGCUGAUCCGUCAAAUGUAUUUUGGCCUAGACGAUAAUAUUGAGCCGUGCAUGCGAUACAAUGCAGAUACCAUGUACAGAUUUUGGGUCCACGGUGAACGGAUACCGAGAAAGACGGCCGAGCGACGUCAGUAUGAAGCUGAGAAGAUGGAAUGGAAUGAUAUUGAAGAAAUCCCAGAGGAUGUCAAGUUUGAACAGUCGAGUAUUUUGGAAUGGGCGGAUAAGAUACUGGUUGGAGAGCGCGGCAUUACCUAUGACUACUUGAUUGUACAAGACGUGAAUUCCUUUGUACAACUACCCAGCGUCAAGCAGGAGCUCAGCAAUACAAAAACCGACAAUGUAGUUUGGGGCAGUUUUGCUGGACAAGAGACUGACAAGUAUGUUUUUGCUAUCGGAUCGACCGCAGCCAAGCGAGCUCUAAAUCUAUGGCAUACGACAUACGAUCGAGAAGGCCAGAACCUGCUGACCGAGAUGUACCUGCAUUUCCAACAUCAAAGCAACGAUGGCACAGGCCCGCUAUUUUUACGCAAAGACGGGACGCUACAUCACUUUAUCAAUGCCGUGGACGCCAAUGUCGAGCUGACCGAGGAGAAAGUUGCAACUGUUAUUGCAGUAACGCACGUGCACCAAGACGAGUUAUUCAUCAAUAUGGCCCAGUGGACUGCGCUCGAACCAUCCGCAGUAUGUCGCAGUGACAAAAGACCAAGGAUUGCUUUGAUGACCUCAUCGUACAUUUAUCCAGACAAUUGCAUGGAGCCUUCAGCAACAUUAUCAGCAAUCAACAAACGCAAAUACGCCGAGAAACACAACCACAGCUUCGUGCCUCGAUCUAUUGAGUUUGCACAACAACGCGGAAGGAAAACGGUAUGGGGCAAGGUGGAUGCGGUCCAAAACGUAUUGCCACACUAUGACUGGAUCUUCUGGACGGAUAUGGACUGUGUAAUCAUGAACUCGGAGCAAUCCUUGAACGACCUUUUAGACAAGCUUCGCAAUGAAUACCCCGAGGGCAAGGACGCAUUUGACAAGAACGUUGAUUUUAUUGCCUCCAGACCUCCCCGAGACCCCAUGCUGAAUGCGGGUGUGUUCUUUUUGCGCAACACCGAAUGGAGUAUGCAGUUCUUGAACGAGGUCCAGGAUUUCAAGGAAUGGUACAACAAGCGUCCGUCAUACGAGCAGGGUGCCAUGGCUGAUGUGGCUAAUAAAUACAAGUCGCAUGUGUAUCUUCUUUAUCCGGACGUUCACACUUUCAAUACGUUCCCCAAGUUUUACAGUCCUGGCGAUUUUAUCGUGCAUUAUGCUCCUGACGGCUGUCCCAACCAAUAUGUCCUUCAGGGAUUGGAAGCUGCAGAACGCAUCGAGCAUGGCGGGGUUGUCAACAGUUUAUGCGAUGGAAAGAGUUGCCAGUGAUUGAAGGAGAGUGGACGAGCCUUCUCCACACCUCUGCAUACAGAUGCCACCGCUCGUCUCGGUGUUUUUAAAGUUCAAUUGUAUAUUACUGUAUUCCUUUGUAAAUAUGUUAUUCCUUGUUAUUUCAUUAUCUUUAGCUUUAAUAAAAAGAAUCCAGAAAAAGAACGUGUUCAAGAUGACACAGAAAUAA